CCCAUACGGAUCGACAUUCUCAUACCCAUGUCACCACAUUAACCCGACCUCCUUCCCCACUACGAAACAUCAGCACGUAGGGAAGAGAAUCGGAAUGUGCUUGCAUUGGUUGGCCACCUCACCUUCACUCCUCCAUCCAUCACCCUCAGCCUCACCAACAAGCUACAAAGGCAUCAACAACAUGUACACCCUCAAGACCAAGCUCUUGACCCUUGUCACCUACGCGACAACUUCGGCUCGUUGGCUCGUUUUCGCUGCAAUGUCGGACCUUCUAUUACCGCCGAAUGACUGGGAACGCACCCUCCACCAACAUUGGCAUCACUGA